CCAGUUAUUGGGGUAAUAUUUGCAAUUUUUCUGUAUAUAAGGUUGGAUCGCUGGAAAAUGUUUUGUAUAUUGCGAAAAUGGAUCGGAAACUUGGCUUGACAGUGUUUUUUGUGCUUUGUACGAUAUGGCAAGUGAAUGCUGCCGUCAACUGCACGGCCACCGGAGCUGGUCGCUUCACGGACGGCACUGACCCGACAUGUCAAAAUUACACAUAUUGUGUCUUCGUCAGCUCCAACUCUAGCUAUUUGGCGUACAACUAUGUUUGCCCAUCGACUUCGGUGUUUAACCCCGCAAGCGCCAAGUGCACCGCUUCUACAAACUACGUGUGCAAUGUCACCACACCCGCCCCUGCAAAUACGUCUGUCUGCACCGCAGAUGGCUUCGUCGCCGAUCCUAACGCAGUCAACUGCAGCUCCUACAUACAAUGCGUACAAAUCAACGGGACUUUCGACGAAACUACCUUUACUUGCCCAGCUAAUACAUUUUACGACCCUAAUACGACCUUAUGUGAUUCCAAUUACACUUGCACGACCAAUACGCCACCAGCAGCAAAUACGACAACAGCACCAUUCACUUGUUCAACCGUAGGGAGAUUUGCUAAUUCUGCUGAUACUGCAUGUAAAACGUAUUACUAUUGUGUUUUAGCGAAUAAUGGAACGUUUGUCCAAUACAAUUAUACAUGUCCAACAACAUCAGUAUUCAGUCCCACAUCGAGACUAUGUACUACUUCUUAUACAUGUCCCACAUCUUAGCGAUAAAUAAUAGGUAAAUUAAAAAUAGUUUGACCAAAGCAUUCUUCAAGGACUUGAAAUAUUGGAAUAUUUUAGUUAUACGAUAUAUCAUAUAUAAAAUGUUCAUUUCAUAUGCACACGAGGUAGCAAUAGAUACGUAAGCAUUUGUUUUCUCAGUUAUCGGUUUCUAUUUAAUGUUUAUAGGACUUAUUUGCAGAUCUCAACUCCUUCUGCUUGUGACAAAUGACACAUUUAUAAAUACCUACAUUUAGUAUGAAACUAUUAACUGUAACGUUUAUGUUAAAAAGUUAUUGUUCUGAAUUUUAUUAUUUAUGUAAGUAAUGUUUUUAGUUGCUAUAAUUACGAAUAAAUAAAGUUUGUUGCAUGAUUACGUA